AUGGGGAUCAUCGCGGUGGCAGAGGAAGGGCGAGUCUUCGGCCAGAUGAGGCUUGAAGCCUUGCUGAGAGUUUCCUGGGAGGCUGAAUACUUGGGUGCCGGCAUGAUGGAGGAGUUGGCCGAGAUGUACCCUCAGCAUGCCGAGAUACUUACAGCGUGUGCACACAUGGAAUGGUUCAAUAUCGGCUACUGUAAGAAAUUCUGCGAGGAUGCGAACAUGAAGAUCACUGAUGAUCAUGCAGAGAAGGUAUUUCAGACGGGAGCAAUGAUGGCACGUAGGACCCUUGGCACGUUCGAGGCAGCGGCAAAGCUCUUGAUCUUCGAGACCGAGACUCAAACACUGAAACCCCAGAAGGCUGCCACUUUUGGUCUCCAAGAACGUGCCGUGCGAUCUCGGGCUUUGGAGGACGGCCCUGAUCUUUAG